GUGGAAGACGAGAAUACAGCCGAGGAGGUGUCCGAAGGCUACGAAACCGAAGGCCCCGAUAAGGCGGAGCCGAUCGAGAGUACCUCGGAGCUGCCUACGGCAAGUCAACCUUUAGAGGACGACCAAGUCUGCAUCGGCGAAGGAGGCGAACGCUUUGCGGAAGACGUGGACAGCCAGAUGGCGGUCCUGCCGGAGAUAACAACGACCACGGAAGAUGUGAAGCUCGAAGAUAUCCGGAUCGAGAACGACGGUGAGAGCACACCAAAGGAAGUAGAUCGCCUAAGAAAGAUCAUCUGGAACCGACAGCACCUGAUGCUUGGGAAGGGGAACGCACUGCCACCUGCCGCGCGAGGCGUCAUCUGCAACAUCGAUACAGGGGACGCCAAGCCGGUAGCCCAACGC